AACACACGAGUUUCGCCAACGAAACAGGGGAAAACGACGGUGUCGGAGGCAGAGAGAUUCUGGAGGAUUUGCCAAGCGAUCGGCGACAUUGCCUUCGCGUAUGCCUACUCCACGGUCCUGAUCGAGAUCCAGGACACCCUGAAAUUGAGCCCAACGGAGAACAAAGCAAUGAAACGGGCAAGUUUGGUGGGCAUCUCAACGACAACCGUUUUCUACCUCCUCUGUGGCUGUGUAGGCUACGCGGCGUUUGGAAAAGACGCGCCGGGGGAUUUACUCUCCAGGUCCGGAUUCGAUCAUCCGGUGUGGCUACUCAACGUGGCCAACGUCUGCGUGGCUAUCCACCUCAUCGUCGCCUACCAAGUGUUUGCACAGCUGAUUUUCAGCUUCGUGGAGACGAGCUGUCGUCAGAGGUGGCCAGAGGUCAAGUUCGUGACCACGGAUCACCAGAUUACCAUUCCAAUCCUGGGUGGCACGAGCUUCCACAUCAACGGGUUUAGAGUGGUUUGGAGGUCCGCAUACGUGGUGGUGACCACAGUCUUGGCCACAUUCAUUGCAUUCUUCAACAUCUUUCUGGCACUUAUCGGGGCAGCUUCUUUUUGUCUUUUGGCCGUAUACUUUCCAAUCGAGAUGUACAUCGCCCGAUCGAAAGUUCCCAUGUUCUCCAUCUCCUGGAUGUGCCUGCAAGCCUUGAGACUGGUGUGUCUGCUAGUUUCACUCGUCGCAGCAGCGGGAUCAGUGGAGGGUCCGAUACCGUCUCUAAAAAUGUACCACCCUUUUAAGAAUGAAGUAUAA